CGACGCUAUGACGUCACUGGUUCGCGUUUUCUAGCGAUCGUUUCUUGACGACGCCGCCUAUCGAGGAUGGACUGAUGCCCGAGAUCUUCGAACGAAGCGACACAGAAGAGACUCCCAAAGCGAGACCGGAGUUUCGAUCACGAAGAAGCUUCGAUCGUGGAACACAUAGAAGAAGUAACCGGACGAAAGGUUGCAUCUCGACGUAACCUUGAAGAAAAGUCGAGGGGAAUCGUUUCCCGCGGGAUCGCGAUACUCGGACUCGCGAACCGAAUUUGUUCGUUCGUUAUCGAGUCCGUCUGUUUCGGUCGCGCGUCACUCCGGGGCCAAUCCGAUCGUCGUGAAAGUUUAAAAGGCUCGACGACGCGUUUAAAACGGGCGGAAUCGAUCGCGGUUGGUAAUUCGGUAGUCGAAAUCCGCGGAAAGACGAUGCGGUCCGAACGGUGAGGCUCGCCGCUCGAAACCCGAAGAAAAGAAUCGACCAGGGACGAGCGACAGAGUGUCGCAGUCGAUCGUACCGAAGAAAGAGGAUCCUCCCGAGAAACAUGGGCAAGAAGAAUAGCAAACUAAAGCAGGAUACCAUCGACCGACUCAUGAACCAGACGUAUUUUACCGAGAAGGAGAUUCGACAAUGGCACAAAGGAUUCCUGAAAGACUGCCCCGAUGGCCAGCUGACGGAACAGGGUUUCAUAAAGAUCUACAAGCAGUUCUUUCCUGAUGGCGAUCCCUCGAAGUUCGCCUCGCUUGUCUUUAGGGUCUUUGACGAGAACAGCGAUGGCACGAUAGAAUUCGAGGAGUUCAUAAGGGCGCUCUCGGUGACGUCGCGCGGCAACCUGGACGAGAAACUCCAUUGGGCAUUUCGGCUCUACGACGUGGACAACGACGGUUUCAUCACGAGGGCAGAGAUGUACAAUAUCGUCGAAGCGAUAUACGAGAUGGUGGGUCAGACGCCGCAGGCGGAAGACGAAAACACGCCGCAGAAAAGGGUGGACAUGAUCUUCGAUCACAUGGACAAAAACCACGACGACAAGCUGACCCUCGAGGAGUUUCGGGAGGGUAGCAAGGCCGACCCAAGGAUCGUGCAGGCGUUAUCACUGGGCGGCGAGUAAUGCUGAAUCUCCGUCGGGGCUCGACGACUCUCUCCGAUCGUUGAAAGUCGUACGAUUCGAUCGUCGCCACGAAUCGUCGAAACGGAUAGCGAGAUAUCGAUCGUCGAAACGAUCAGGAUAAGAGAAACGAGCGAUCUAUGAGGCGCAGCUCGCCCGUGAACCGAUCGUGCAGCCGGCGUACACGCAUACGUAGGUACACGCUCCUCAAACCGACACCGCGCGACUAUUUUCGACGUAUUCUCUUUCUCCUUCCCAUUGCAGAAACGAUUUUCUUCCCGUUCGUCGCGACGGUACCCCUAGAUACCGUAGAAGUCUCGCGUAGUGGAUGUCGAGUAGUCGUUAGUUUUGUUAGCUCUUCGUACUCGACCGAAACCGUCGACUAUUUUUCUACGAACGACGAACGAAAUUCCCAAAUUGCGUUCUCUCGAGGGAUCAAAGUUUCCAGGAACUCCCGAAGGAAUCCGCCGCUAAAAAUGGAACUGCAUCGAUCCCGUUUUUAUUAAAUUUCGAUGCGCGAAACGGGAUGUUCGGAAGGUUCUCUUCGAUCCGUGCGUUUGCUCGAAGCACAGAAACCUGGAUUGAUGUUAAAGUAACAAUAGGAGUGUAUUAUAUAUUAUCUGCUUAUCGAUUCCCCGCGGCGGUUGUGCGUGAAAACCUUAACGGAGAACUUAUCGUCGAUCUCUCUGUGUAUCGUGUUUGGUGAAAAGUUUCGCGCUCGCGUGCGUACUUCGUAGCCAUUCUGGUAAUUUCCAAGGCGGCGAAUAAUUGUUUCGACCGGGUUGUUUCGUGCGCGCGAGUUAACGCUUUUAUCGCGACACGGAAGUUACGCUCGAUUUGCAUUUUUAUGGGUUCAGGACCUCGUCGAUCGUCGAUCGUGCGAGAACUUCCACGACGUUGGUGAAACUUCGCAGGGGUUUGUAGUACGGUUAAAAACGGGGGAUUAGCGUCUUUCGAGGCGGCGAUACGAGUUUCAGGGGCGAAACUACCCACUGAAGUUUCACCAAUCCCCUGAUUCUGCGUUUAAAACUAUCGGAGAUACAGAGAAGGCUUUAAGUCGAAACUAUUGGCAAAAGCGUUCUAUAGUCUUUAAAUUUCAUUUUGUGACGAUUAAAUAUAUCAAUUUUGUGCAUUGUACAACGGAAUUCGGUGUCAAUGGCUUUCUUAUUGCUAUUUACCGAAAGAUUUCCACGGAGUUCGAGUUGCUAGGAGGUUGGCGCGAUAUCGCGAUCGAAAUGGAGCUCGCGCUGAAAGGGUUGGAGACAGAAGAACGGAGCUGAAAGAGGGCAGGAAGUGAUUAAAGCGAGCGUUUCGCCCUUUCGCGGGUGGUGGCCGGUCGAAUACGCGAAUCUGUGGAAAACAAAAUCCACGGAAGAAGCUGGCGAACGUGGGCGGAGCUGCCCGGGUAUCCUUUUCCACGGCAAAAGUAUUGAAAUAUGCGACGGAGGGUAAAAGGGGGAACGAAAGAGGGCUAAAUUUCACGACCUUUCACCCGCCACGCUCUAAUGCCACGGCUUUUCUCGCCGUUGCACCGUGAAAGACAAUUUCUUUCUCCUUUCGCGUCCCCUUUUCUUCUUUAAAUUCUCAUAUUUGCCACGCCUUUCUCGCUAGCGGGAGGAAAUUUCGUUUCCAUUUGCGCGAUGAAAGUUUCGCGAGAUUCGAAUUACGUAUGCGACGGGAAAAGGAAAAAAAAGGAGAGGAUCGCCAGGAAUCUCGUAACUUUCUCGUCGAAGGAGGAACGAAACGCGAGCGUGUAUUAUUCGUGGUAGCGUGUUGCGAGCCGGCGCGCAAGGAUACAUCUUUUAACGGGAAAACUACCACCGGGAUACCGUCUUCCACGGAGAUAUUACGUAUUUACCGAGGUCUCCGGGCUGGAUGUCCUUUUAAAAAUACACUCGAUAGAAUUAUGGUUUAAAGAAAUUCCGGUUACCAGACGAACCUUCAUUAAGAAUUCAAGGAUGGGUGCUGUUCUCGAUACAGCGAGAAACGAAACAGACUUUGUCCCGAUUUUAUUUUUCGCCCCGACGUAUUCUAUUUCCGUUUCGUCCGUUCUUCGCGCUUACGAAAUCGGUCGUUAGCGAGUCUCGAAUAUUAAGCGAGAGGAAAAUUUCAUUUCGCAGAAACGUCGAUCAAGAUUCGACCGUUCAAUUUAAACUAAGCCUUAAUGGAUUCACCCCCCGGUGCGCGAGAAACAGGAUUUCUUAUCUCGAAGCGCCAUAUUAUGAGUCGCGGUCACGAAACCGUUCCGACGUACUCAUUUUCUCGUUCUUUUAAUCCACUCGGGUCGUUCGCAGCAAAUUGUUGUUUGGAAAUAUUGAUAAACGACGUUUCAAUAAUCGACGCUCGGUAAAAGUUGCGAUAAUAGAAAUCCAGCAGAAGUUCGUCGAAAGUUUCGAUCCGGUAGAAUCAGUACGAAUUCAACAAGUAGAGGCGUAGAUGGUCUCUCGGGAAUGGAAGAAGGGAAAAAGUAAUUCCCGCGCGACGUCGGCGGUUUCGUUUAUCUCUGAAAUAUGCGGAGUUGCGGGUUUCUUCGCAAGAUGUGCCCAUCGUGAAAGGACGCAUACGUGGGGAGGACAUCGGCCAUAGCGGAAUAGAUGAAAACGAAACCGGAGUCGGUGGUUUUUUAAGACCCCGAAGGGGCGCGCAUUGAAGGACUCGUAGGUUCACGGACGUUUGGAAUUUUAGAGCUCAUCCCACCCUUAUUUUCUGUCACCCAAACCCCUUCCCUCCGAUAUCCUCCCUCAUUCAGCGACCGCUGUUCGCUCGAACGAUCGUAAAAUGGCAGGAAAUGCAGCGCGGUAACGGUAUUGUGGUCCGUCACGCAGGAAACUGAUCGGAAUUUCGAGGCUUCCGGUAUCUUUGUCACCGAUUCGAAUCUGCCGGAAAGCUCGCGACUACUUUCGAUCGCUUAUGGGUCGUCGCGGAAACGAGCAACGAUUUCUGUAAUCCUUCACUCUGCUACUCUGAGACCAGUUUUCUUCGAGCUUUAGGUGUUUGAAAUAUUUUUGUUCCCCCGAAAUCGAGUCGAUAGAAAAUCCCCAUGCAUUCUUGAUAAAAUAUACCGUUUCUUUGGAACGCGUACAAAUAUAUAUGCAGAAUUUGAAAAGGCUGCUGUCAAACGCGAGGGAUCCAUUCGAAGCGAAAUGGCUUUCUCGGUGGUACGAAGUAGAAGACUCUCUAACCUAGAUUCUUUUCCGGUAAGAGGAAGGAAAAUUCUACGACAAACUCGGCGUUCACGAAUAAAUAAACGGGAUCGACCGCCGGGCCGAGGAGCGAGCUACUUUUUUUUAGCGAUCGUUGCGUCUGCAAUUUGAAAACUAACCGUGGCGAAAACACUUUAAAGCAAUUAUUCAGUGUCAAAUUAAAGCGCGUGGCGGAAUGUCGUUCGAAUGGAACAAUUUAUCCAGGUUGUUAAUUGAAAAUUAAAGCAAAUAUUCGCGCGUCCGUCGCCGACACACGUUACAGUUCCGCGCGUUUCCGCGCCUCCUCCUCUCCUACAAAGUAGGUUAUUUGCGGACGUCGUUCCCGCGUUAAAUACAUUUUCAUUCGCAUCUCUCAAAUUUAAUACUCGAAAUACUUCCUUCACAGAGUCACCGUGUGUUUCGCGAUAUUCGUUUGCUAAAACUAUUACUAAAGUCUCUAACUUAGCCGUCGUAAUGUCAAAGCACCAAAAUACCGGAUAGUAUUGCAGUAAUUUUAGUAAACUCCGGUAAACAGAAAAUGGAGCACAGAACGGACAACUUCGUUCGAGAUCAAUAGCUCGCGCGCUUCGAGUAACUUCCAAAACGUCCGAUGCUUUCUAAAGAAGUAGAACAGAGGUGGGCAGACUUUUACUCGAGCAACAGACUAGUAGAUACUCCGUGCAGUGAUUCGUGGGCAACGUUCGUUCGAUUAAACGGUAAAGCUGUUAAACUUUUACUCCUUCAAACGUAAAACGCAACUCCAUUAUACAAUUCGGAUCGUAAUAUUAAUCGAAACUCUAUAUCUUUUAUUCGUCCAGGCGAUAAAAUAUUGGCCCAUCUCUGAAAUACGAUUGGAAAAUUCGAGCUUCGGGACGUGUUUUACAUCGAGUCGAGCGAUCGCGACCACGCUUCGAGUUUCAUUUCUGAAGAAUUUCGUUUGUUGUUCGCGUAGCACGACGAUGAAACGCACUUACCGUGGAAGGGUUAAUUAAACGACAUUACAGGUACCUCUGGUGUAGCCAGGCUUCAGGAGCAGCAAUUAAUCUUGCGUACUUCCGUCCCCCAGAAAUACUCGAAGGAAUUUCUGUCGCGUCGACCGGAACAGACACCUCGACGUUAUUGUCGCAUUUUUUUUCCGAAUUCCAACUUUGAAAUUAAUGCACCCGUUCCCUUUGUCAAUGUCAGACCCUUGUUUCACCUUUGAUACGGUUGUCUGUUCUCUCUCACUCUCUCUCGAACAAUCAAAUAUGCCUCGGGUUUUUUCGUCGACUUAAUUUCUAACUGGGCUAAGAGUCGUUACGUUUCCUCGACAAACAGGACACCGUCGCUAUAAAUCCUUUCGCGCGCUUCCUCCAUUCUCCUCUUUCUUUCGUCUAUAAAUUGCUGCACGGAAAUGUCUCCCCGUCAACGUUAAGGAGGCUAUUGUUGAAAUAAAUAUAAAUUCAUUUAAAAUUCAACGAACACUCUCGCGUUCUGUGGUCGACCGCGAGGUAACGUCGUAACGCCUAACGAAUUUAAAUAAUUUAAAAAUCAUUUGCUCGACGCUGACCCAAAGGUUUCAAGAGGCGCUCGAUUUUUUCGAUCCCGUUUAAAGAUGAAAGUUACGCCGCUUUCACGCGACCGCCUUCUCGCCGCUUUUUUUCUGCGGUUUUCUCCGUUAAUAAGCGAUUUUACGCGACGAUACCGCGUAGGUGCACGCGUGGGAAUUCCUCCCGAGGAAUCGUGUUUAUUUCUAGUUGAAAUUUGCAUAAACGCGACCAGCCCUGACC